UUUGAUAGUUUUUGUAAAAUAUAUGUGUAUAAGAUGGAUUCAAAGGACCGAAAUUGCAAAGCAGAUGAGAUAGAUGAUGAAAAAUAUUGGAAACCUCAGUAUAAAGGCAAAAGGAAAAAUUUGUUUCUGAAGCAAUUCUAUGAAGCAGCAAUAAAAGAAGUAGUUGAUGAGAAUGCUCCUAAACCAUGGUCCGCAGAAUACGGUACUGAAUACGAUGAAGAAUAUGUCGUACCAGGUUUUCAGGCGAAAAAUGAGCUCUAUAAUAGGAACACGGAGCUUUUUCAAAGACACCCACUUUAUUCUGCCGCACAUGUCUCUUUUUACAACUUCAAUUUGCAAAAUAACUCAAGCGGAGUACCCUCUUACGGUGUAACAAAGGUGAUGGAUCCAAGAAAAACUUUUCAUAGAAAUGCUGGUUUUUCAAAACCCAUUGACGAAUGCCUGGAUGAAAGUCGUUGAUCUGCUUUUAAUAAAUGUUCUUUCGUGCUAAGUAUAUAGCACAUUCACAUUUACGUAAUACAGUUAUGAAUUAAUAAUUUGAUUUUAUUUAAAAAAAUCAGUGAUUCUUUCCAAUUUAAAAAGACAGCCGUAUCUUUGGUUCUAGGCAUAGAACAAAUACAUUUCCGUUUCGCGUCAACCGCGCCAUCUAAUGUUAAAUAAUAAAACCCAAUCAUCGGUCCGUUU